UAUUCAAAUUUAUCAUCAAUUGAUUGGGCUCAUGAAUAUGAAAGAGAGAGGCAUUUUAAAAAAUUCACCAAUUCCCAAACUCCAUGGCAUCGUACCUUACGAAACAGUUAUAAAUGGGUUGUACUUAUAGGGACAGGUGCCCUUAUUGGUAUUUUAACUGCUUGUUUAGAUUAUCUAUACAAAUGGUUGACGGAUCUGAAAGGUGGAUACUGCAAUGAAGGAGCUUAUAUGACCUACACAAAUUGUUGUAAGGGUAUAAGGGAAGGUGAUGUGUGUGAUAAUUGGAAACAGUGGGAUCAAGUGAUACAUAUUGAUAAAAACACGGCUGGUAGCUUUAUUUACAAAUAUUUUCUUUAUUUGACCACCUCUUUGAUAUUGGCCAUCUCAACUGCUUUUGUUGUUAAGGAUUCAUCAUUUAUUAAGACUUCAGGUAUCUCUGAAGCAAAGACAAUCAUUAGCGGGCUAAUUAUUAAGGAUUUCUUGAGUUUUAAAACAUUAUUGGUUAAAUUUAUUGGUCUAACAUUGAUUGUUAGUUCAGGUAUGUGGGUAGGUAAAGAAGGUCCCUUAGUUCAUAUUUCAUGUUGUUGCGCAAAUAUUUCAAUCAAGGCUUUUCCAAGUUUGGAUCAUAAUGAAGCUAUAAGGAGAGAAUUACUGCUGGCAGCAACAGCAGCAGGUAUAUCAGUAGCAUUCAAUGCACCAAUUGGUGGUGUUUUGUUUACAUUUGAGCAAAUGAGCUCUUACUUCAAUGCUAGUGAUAAAAUGUGGAGUUCUUUUGUUUGUGCAAUGGCCGGGGUUGUGAUAUUAAACACAUUUAAAGAAGGUGUCGACAUUUUAGUCACAAUGGAGAACCAAUGGUUAAGUAUUGAAAUGUUUGGGUUUGUAUUACUAGGUGUUCUUGGUGGGAUAUAUGGUGCAGUGUUCAACAGAUUGAAUAUGUGGUUUGCCAAUCUUAGACAAAAAUAUAUUAGUUCAAAAGGAAUCAAUUAUGAGAUUUUAGAGAUUAUAGGUUUGUCACUUGUCACUUCUGUUUUAACUUAUCCAUUGAUCUUCCCCAGAUUACCUCUGACAACUUUAAUCACUAGGCUGUACAAAGAUUGUGAAGAAGGGGAUUCUAAUAUUGUUGGUGGGUUAUGUGGUAACAGUGAAGGUUUUACAUUAUUAGUUUUCACAGGUAUUAUUGCUGUUUUCUUGACUUCUUAUACAUUUGGUACAUUUAUUCCUGCUGGUGUUUUGAUGCCAUCACUAGCCAUUGGUGCUAUUGUUGGGAGAUUAUUAGGUAUCGUUUUCGAAAAGAUUCAAAAUGCAAACCCAGUUUUGUCAUCAUUAUGUGAGAGGUCAAGCAGAUUGUGUAUAUCUCCAGGUGCUUAUGCUGUUGUUGGAUCUGCUGCAUUUUUGACUGGUGUUACCAAGAUGACAGUGUGGGUUGUGGUUACAGUUUUUGAGCUCACAGGUGCACUAACAUAUGUCUUACCGAUCAUGAUCACUGUAUUGGUUGCUAGAUGGACUAAUGAUAAGUUUGAUGAGAAAAGUUGCUAUGAUUUAUGGAUCAAGUUUUUUGGAUACCCUUACUUGACUGAAGUGCAAAAGCCAUUACCUUUAAUUAAGAGUGGGACAUUCAUGUCACCCUAUGAGAAAGUUGAAGCUAUUUUUCUUGAAGACCAGAUCACUAUCGCCGCGCUUGAAUCGGUGUUGGAGUAUCCUUAUCAAGGUGUACCGGUACUGACAAGUAGAGAUGAACCAAAGUUGAUUGGAUGGCUACCUAUUUGUGAUUUACGGUAUGAAUUUGAAAAAAUAAGAGGGAUCACUGGUAUUUCCUCAGAUCAAAAAGUUUCAUUGGUUAAAGAAGAUGAUGAUGGGAACGAUGAUAAAUAUCCAAUGCAUCACCUGUUGGAAACAAAUUACAUCAAUUUAAGCCCGGACUUACCACUCCCAACACUUGUUGAGUAUUUCUUCAAGCUAAAACCAAGAUAUGUUUUAUUUUGUAAGAAUGGUGUUUUCAAAGGUUUAGUGACUUUGAAAGAUAUCUCAGAGAUAGCUGAACGAAGCACUGAUGAA